AGAAUGGUGUGCUGGAUGUGAAUUCACUGUCAAAAAGGUGUAUUAAUUCUGCUUUCUUCUACAGUGGGUGGAAACCCACAUCAUAGACAGGGUUAAGAGUGAGAUGAAAAGGUACAAAAAUGUGCUCUUUCCACACCUACCACAAUCUUAUGAGAGUAAAGAGCAGAGUGAAGACAGUGAGGCCACUGAAGACAAAAAACAAAACUUGAGCAUCAGUGAGGACAUUCUGAAGAUGACUCUACAAGCCUUAAAUGACAUGGGCCGACGGGAGCUUGCAAACAAACUUGAGAAGUGUAAGACAGAAAAUGUGCAACAGUUUAAGAUAUUACGUGGAUUUUUCACAUCUUUUUGUAAAAAAAUGUGUGCUACAUUAUUCUCGUUUCUCGUUUCACCAACAUUAUAUUCUUUUCUUUAUUCUCUCUUUACACAACUUUUUAGACAUUUACGGGGAGCUCGAUGUCUGCCAGCGAAAACUCAAACACAAACUUAAAAAAUUUGAAUACAUUUACGAGGGAAUAGCACAGCAUGGCAACCAGACUCUUCUCAACAAGGUGUACACUGAACUCUACAUCACUGAGGGAGUGAGUGGAGGUGUUAACGAAGAACAUGAGGUCAGGCAAAUUGAGGCAGCAACCAGGAGACCAGCAACAGAAGAUAAGCCAAUCAAAUGUGAAGAAAUCUUUAAACCCAUGUGCAGCCAAGACAGACCGAUCAGAACCGUGCUGACAAGAGGAAUUGCUGGGAUUGGUAAAACUAUCUCGGUACAGAAGUUCAAUCUGGAGUGGGCAGAGGGGAGAGUUAACCAGGAUAUCCAUCUCCUUAUUAAUCUUCCAUUUCGGGAGCUGAAUCUGAUGAAGGAGAGAAAGUAUACUCUGACCCAGCUCCUUCAUCAGUUUCUCGUGGAGGCAAAAGAAUCAGGAAUAUCAAAUUUUGGCAAAUACAAGCUUGUGCUGAUAUUUGAUGGGUUGGACGAAUGCCGACUCCCCCUGGACUUUAACGGCAAUGAGCCCUGCCGUUGUGUCUCAGAGGAGGUUUCAGUGGAUGUUCUCCUGACAAGUCUCUUCAGAGGGAACCUGCUGCCUUCUGCACACAUCUGGAUUACCUCCAGACCUGCAGCUGCAAACCGCAUUCCAGGCCAGUUUAUCGAUCGUGUGACAGAGAUCCGGGGAUUCAACGACCCUCAGAAGGAAGAGUACUUCAAGAAAAAAAUCCCUGAUCAAACCAUGGCCAGUAGAGUAAUUUCACACAUUAAGUCAACCAGGAGCCUCCAUAUUAUGUGUCAUAUACCAGUCUUCAGCUGGAUAUCGGCCACUGUGCUGCAGAGGAUUUUAGAAGAUACAGAGAAGAGAGAAGAGGAAGGCAAGGGCAGAAGGGAAAUGCCAAACACUCUGACAAAAAUGUACACACAUUUCCUGGUGUACAACUCAGUGAUCAGAGGGCAGAAGUACCCAGCUGGACAGGAGGUGUCUGAAGCACAGGACCAGGUCACAAUGAAUGAAGAGAUCAUCUUGAAGCUUGGAAAACUGGCCUUUGAGCACCUCAUGAAGGGCAACAUGAUCUUCUACGAGAACGAACUGAAAGAGUACAACAUCAAUGUCAACGACACUGCAGUAUACUCAGGGAUGUUGACACAGAUGUCAGGGAGUGAUUCUGGAUUCCACCUGGAGAGGAUCUUCUGCUUUGUGCAUUUCAGCAUCCAGGAGUUUUUUGCUGCAAUGUACAUUUUUCACACAUUCGUCUGCUUCAACCAAAACCUGCUGGAACCACAAGAAACGUCUGCUGUUGAAGCUGCUCCCUGUGAAGUAACCGACCUCCUCAAGAGUGCCGUGGAUAAGGCCCUGCAGAGUGACAAUGGACAGCUUGAUCUCUUGCUCCGCUUCCUUCUAGGCCUCUCACAAACAUCCAAUCUGACCUUGUUGAAGAGUCUCCUUACCAAAAUGCCGAACAGUCCACUAGGAAGAAAUGAGGAGAUUGCUGAGUACAUCAAGGAGAAGAUCAGAAAAAACCCAUCCCCAGAAAGAUGUGUCAAUCUCUUCCACUGCCUGGUUGAGCUUCACGACCAGUCUCUUUUGGAGGAAAUCCAGAACUACCUGAGCUCAGGUAGGUUGUCAGAGACCGAGCUGUCACCUUCGCAGUGGUCUGCUCUGGUCUUUGUGUUGCUGACCUCAGAGGAAAAGUUGGAUGAGUUUGACCUGAGGAAGUAUUCAAGAUCAGAGGAGGGUCUCCGGAGGCUGUUGCACGUAAUCAAAGAGUCCAGAAUAGCUGUGCUUAAAGAAUGCAACCUGACAGAAGAAUGCUGUGAAAUGCUUGCAGCAGCAGUAAACAGUUCAGUUCUGAAGGAGCUUGACCUGAGUGAUAAUGAUCUGCAAGAUGCGGGGAUAAAGUUACUUUCUGCUGGACUGGAAAGACCAACAUGCCAACUGGAAACACUGAGGCUGGCAUUCUGUGGGAUCACAGAAACCGGCUGUGGCCUUUUGGCUACAGCUCUGAGGUCCAACCCUGGCCACUUGAAAAACCUGGAUCUAAGUUACAAUCAUCCAGGGCAAAAAGGGAUGGAGAUGCUGACCUCGGUACAAAAGGAAAUAGAACAUCUUACUGUCAGGUUUGACAACAGUGGGGAGUGCUACUUGAAAUCAGCUCUGAAAAAAUAUUCAUGUGAGCUAACCUUGGAUCCAAACACAGCCCAUUCACAUCUGUCUUUCUCUGAAGACAACCAACAAAUGACACGAAUGGAAACUGCUCAGCUGUACCCCUACAGCUCAGAGAGAUUCCCAGACUGGGGACAGGUGCUUUGUAGAGAGGCUCUGCGUGGUCGUUACUACUGGGAAGUAGAAUGGACUGGGGAGUGGGCCAGUAUAGGAGUGGCCUAUAAAGGAAUCAGCAGGAAAGCCAAAGGUAACGAAUGUGCCCUCGGCCACAACGAUCAGUCCUGGAGUCUGCGCUACUAUAAAGGCCAAUACGGCGCCUGGUACAAUAAGAACUACUCACCCAUCUUUGUUCCCUACUUCAACUCAAAGAGGGUUGGAGUGUUCCUAGACUGGUCAGCUGGCACUCUGUCCUUCUAUGGUGUAUUCACACACACCAUGACUCACCUGUACACUUUCCACACAAAAUUCUCUGAGCCGCUGUAUCCAGGCUUCAGACUGGGAUAUCCAAACUCCUCAUUAACCCUGUGCCAGCCGGGCUUAAACACCCACUCUAUAGAAAACAUGUAAACUGCAUUUGUGAAAAUAGGAUAGAAAAAUAGGAAGAGGAGCAGCCCAAAAACAAUUCAUCAAAUGCAGCUACACCUAGAAAAUGAGCAGAGGAACACUUCUUUGAACGAGUGUAUCAUAUCAGAAAGCAACGCAUCAUAUAGUAGUUUUUAGAAUGAAACCAACCCAAACUACUAUUAUUAUGCAGUCCUUUAUUUUGCGUUAUGUCACUUUUCAUUGAGUUUCAUCCAUUACAUCCAUUUGCUAAUGCAACUGUGUUGAUUGACAAGAUCUUUAUGUGACAGUGUGGAGGAAAUAUACAGUAGAAGCGCAUCAAUCCAAACCACGGAAUAAAUAAACAAAUCAUGCCUAAACAUUCCCACUGCAAUCUGAGCGUGUUGGCAUUGGCUUUUAUUUCACUUUUCAAGAGUUCACUGCAGAUUUAUAAAAGCAACUCGUGUUAUAAAUUAUUACUCAAUCGUGCAAUGUAAGUGCAGAAGAAUACUUUAUACUAUUUAAAAAUUAUUAUCAAAAAUCUGUGUAAGAAAUUUGUGUGUGUUUUUUUUUU